GAUCCAAAACUCAAGUUCCUUACUUUCAAUGGAUCAAGAUUCAGUUCCUUACAUCUCCAAAAAACAGAAACCAAACCAUGCAGACUACCCUCGUAAGUUUUACAACAUUUUUCCCUUUAAAACUAUGCUACUUAUCAUAUUUCUAGUUGCACUUCCACUUUUUCCUUUACAAGCUCCUGAAAUCAUCACCCAAACAGGAAAUUGGGAACUUGUUCAGCUUAUUUUAGUUGGUAUAGCUGUUUCUUAUGGCUUAUUCAGUAGAAAAACCGGUAAUGAUAAUGAUGACAAUAACGAUGAUGAUGAUGAGACAGAAAAUGAAUAUUUAUAUAGUUCAAAGUUUGAUAAUGUUCAAUCUAAAUUACUUGAUGUUUCAUCUUUUUUUGAAAACCAUCAAGAUGAAAACAGAGUGAAUAAUUAUCAAUAUUGUAGUGGUAAGCCAGUAGUUGUUGUUGCUAAGGAAAAUGAUGCUAUUAUUAGUUCAAGUUUUGUUGAAAAGCCUUUGCUUUUGCCAAUUAGAAGUUUAAAAUCCCCUGUUCUUGAGCCUAUCUCAACUACUACUAAUUCACCAAAAUCCGUGACUUCAUCUCCAAGAAAGAUUGAUCACAAAAUUGUGAGGAAACAGAGUUUUAAUAAAUCCUCUGUUUCACAUCCAUCACCACCACCUCCUCUGCCAUCGCCAUCGAUUGUUAAAAAAUCUACUCUGUUGAGAUCAAGCUCUAUAGUAAUGGAUGAUCAUAAAGGUUCUUUUGGUAAGGAACUGAGGAGAAGUACUAAGAGUGUUCCAUUUGAAUUGAGCUCGUAUAAAGGGAAGUCUGUUCGAACAAUUAGGCCGUUCAUUGGGGCUGCAAGAGCCAGAGUAUAUGCUAAAGAUUUCAUGAAUGGGAAAGCAGAGGAUGAAAGAAACAAAAAAGUUGAUACACAGAUGCAAGUGUUACAGCCAGCAUUGAUGGAUUUUUCAGGGGAAGAGAAGAAAACGUCGAUUUUUGAAAAUGUAGUAGCGGAAAGUGAUGAGGAUUCAGACGAUUAUAUUGAAGAGAGCUCGGAAAAUGUAGACGAAGAAAGAAAAUGUGUUGUUGAUGGUAGUCCAGAUAAUGUAGACAAGAAGGCUGAUGAGUUCAUAGCUAAAUUUAGGGAGCAAAUUAGGCUUCAGAGAAUUCAGUCCAUUCGUACAUCGGCUAAACAGCCUGCUAAAAAGCUAAUCCAGUAAAAAUAUUCUUGUUCAAAACUGAGAUGAUACUAUUAAUUGAUCACUUGCUGUGAAGAGUCUCACAUCGCGUUUUUAAUAUGGGCUUGGGCAAUCAUCGCAACUAGCUUUUAGGUUUGAGUUAGGGUCAAGUCGUAUAUUUACUUGCCAUUUGAAAAAGUCUUAUGGUUUAGCUAGAUAUCACUUGGCACUACUGAAGUUGUCUUGUCCUUCUUUUUUUUCAGUUUGUAUUUGAAGAUUUGAGGUUUUUGGUAAAGAUAUUCUAGUAUUGUAGUUAUAUAAUUAGUCAUCUAUGUCUGUGCCAGUGGUUGAUUUAGUACCAUGAGGCUCAUUGUGGUUAUAGAAAAGAAAAUCUUUUGGUUUUAUGUUGAUUAUUAACAUGGUAUUGUAAUUCUGUUCUUCCAAAA